CAAAUGGCGGAUGACGCCGGUGCUGCGGGGGGGGCCGGGGGCCCCGGGGCUCCCGUAAUCGGAGGCCGCGGCAACUUCCGUGGAGGCUUUGGGAGCGGCGGCCGGGGUCGGGGCCGCGGCCGGGGUCGGGGUCGGGGCCGUGGCCGCGGAGCUCGCGGAGGCAAGGCUGAGGACAAAGAGUGGAUUCCUGUCACCAAGCUGGGCCGCCUGGUCAAAGAUAUGAAGAUCAAAUCGCUGGAGGAGAUCUAUCUCUUCUCGCUUCCCAUCAAGGAGUCUGAAAUAAUUGACUUUUUCCUGGGGGCGUCUCUCAAGGAUGAGGUCUUGAAGAUUAUGCCUGUGCAAAAGCAGACCCGAGCUGGUCAACGGACCAGGUUCAAGGCGUUUGUUGCCAUUGGAGAUUACAACGGACAUGUUGGCUUGGGUGUUAAGUGCUCCAAGGAAGUAGCCACUGCCAUCCGUGGGGCCAUCAUUCUAGCCAAGCUCUCCAUCGUCCCUGUGCGGCGAGGCUACUGGGGGAACAAGAUUGGCAAGCCUCACACUGUCCCUUGUAAGGUGACUGGCCGCUGUGGCUCUGUGCUGGUGCGCCUCAUCCCUGCCCCCAGGGGCACUGGUAUCGUCUCUGCCCCUGUGCCCAAGAAGCUGCUGAUGAUGGCUGGUAUUGAUGACUGUUACACUUCAGCCAGGGGCUGCACGGCCACCCUGGGCAACUUUGCUAAGGCCACCUUUGAUGCCAUCUCCAAGACCUAUAGCUAUCUCACCCCUGAUCUCUGGAAAGAGACAGUGUUCACCAAGUCUCCAUACCAGGAAUUCACUGACCAUCUUGUAAAGACCCACACCAGAGUCUCUGUGCAGAGGACCCAGGCUCCAGCUGUGGCCACCACAUAGUUUACUACGAGUAAAAUAAAGUGAAUAAGUUGCCUACUCAA